UUUCUUUCUCUUUCCCUCCAACUGCUUGCGGCGGAGCCUUGGACCAUGUCUUCCAGCGCUGUGUCGGACGCCGUUCUCACCCAAAUCCUGAGCCAGCUGCAGGCCCUCCAGGCCUCGCAGCAGACGCUCCAAGCUAAACUUGAUUCGUUGACUACUCCAGCGUCCCCGCCGCUGGCCCCUACAAAUGGGGUGCCGAUCCCAGGCCGUGGUGUUGAUUCACCCUCGAUGCACCCCGCUUCGCCGUCUCAGCCAGUCCCGGUGCACUCGCCUUUGUCUACCUCCGCGUCAAGCAUGGGCUUGAGUCCUGCGGCCGAUAAGCCUGUCUCCGAUAAGGAACGCGAGAGAGCACUGUACCCUGCUCGGGUCAUCUUGACCACCUAUCCCGAUCAAUAUGGCAUCAAGCCCUAUACCAUGAAUUGGGGCGCAUCCGACCCCAGAGUCCGCGGGCCCGUCAUCUGCUCGCGCCUCCCCUCCUCAAUCAAGCAGCGCAACGCCAUCGGCGCCCACUCAGGCUCCUACUCCAUCUACCGCGCCCUGGCAAUCGCCAUGGGCACCCUCUCCCCCACGCACAAGCCUGACUACUCCAAGACGGAGCCGCCCGUGCCCAUCCCGCCCCAGCCCGCCUGGUCCGACCCGAGCAAGAUCGUCUCCUUCGACCCGUGGGGACACCUCGUGCCGCAGGUGUUCAAGCACGAGUUGGAGGAGCUGGGCCUGGAUGUCAAGCCGAGCAUCGCGGUCACGCGUGCGCACAUGAAGCUCAGCGAGGUCGACGAGACCACGCGCAAGGGCGAGCUGGAGAUUGACGGGAAGAUCCUGCUGAAGAGCCGGCCGCUAAGGAACGCGGACGGGAGCGAGAGCGACGCGGACCCCGGCGUGGAGAUCAACGUGAGCAAGGCGGCGGUGGAGCCGGUGUGGUAUUUGCCUGGCGUGGCGGACCGGUUUGGGAUUUCGGAGAGCUUGCUCCGUCGGGCUCUGUUUGAGGAUACCGGGGGAAUGUACCCCGAGCUCGUGACGCGGCCUGACAUCAAGGUGUUUUUGCCGCCCAUCGGAGGGCUGACUGUGUACAUCUUUGGUCCGCCCGCUUACUUGACCGACGAGUCGAAGGAGCUCACCCUGCGUGUCCACGAUGAAUGUAACGGUUCUGACGUCUUCGGCUCCGACAUCUGUACCUGUAAGCCAUACCUGAUCUACGCCAUCGAAGAAUGUGUGCGGUGCGCCCAGCGCGGAGGCGUCGGUGUGGUAGUUUACUUCCGCAAGGAAGGCCGUGCGCUCGGCGAGGUUACUAAGUAUCUAGUGUAUAACUUGCGCAAGCGUGGCGGUGACUCCGCCGACAAGUACUUCAAGUCGACUGAGAUGAUCGCUGGUGUCAAGGAUAUGCGAUUCCAGGCGCUCAUGCCCGAUGUUCUGCACUGGCUCGGGAUUAAGAAGAUCCAUAACAUGGUCUCCAUGAGUGACAUGAAAUACAACGCCAUUGUACAAUCUGGCAUUCCCAUUCUGAAACGCUACGAUAUACCCGAGCACCUCAUCCCUCCCGAUUCGCGGGUCGAGAUUGACGCGAAGAUCGCGGCUGGCUACUUCUCCAGCAGCAAGCAUAUCACGGAGGCGGAUUUGGCGAAGACUGUUGGCAGGGCCUGGGAAGAGACAGAACAUUGAUUCAUUCAAUUCGUAUGCGGUGGCAGCGGACGCAGGGUUGAGCAACGAGUAUAGCAAUGUACAACAGCAUGCAAGCAUCGAGUCGAUGUAGAAUACAGGUCAAAGCGUAAUCCAUCCAUAGUCCGUGUAUGUAAACCAUAAUCCAAGAAAUUGGGCAUUUAGUUGUUGCGUGUUUCAAAGCAUUCCGAGCAUUGUUAGAGAGGGAAAGUGUCCGCUGUGGCCCACCAGGGGUCGUUCUCAUCC